CCCCUGGCAUUGAAAGUGUGUUUUUUGUAAUGUAUGUGGCAUAGGUUCCUGUACCUUUAAGAGGGAAUGCUCUAAGGGAGGGGCUGCUAGUUAGGUGACCGGAAGUCACAAGCACGUUAUUCACAUAGAGAGCAUGCAGGAUCGACAGCUUGAUCAGCUCUUCCAUUAAGAUGCAGUUCCACAUCUUCUUGUUUGUUAAAGCAACGUCUUUUCACGAAAUUACCAUUAAACUACAUGAGUAAUCCUCAACACGCUGUGGAGUUUUUUGGGAAACGUUUAACUGAAUGGAUAGUUAGCUUGCUUGGCUAGCGAGCCCAUUACAGUGAAAAGACGGCAACACAGCUAACAAGAUAGCCGAAGACAGCCAUCUUACAGAGCUAAAUUGCUAACCGGCUAACGGAAAGACAUCCAUACAGCCUGUACGCCAUCAUAUCUGUUGCUGGUAUUAAAAACGCACCGUCAUUAUGUCAGCAGCUAACAGUAAAAACAAAGAAAAUGGAGAUAAUAAGUCUGUGAGCUCUCGCUCUUCCGGUACAUCGUCCAGCUCAAAGAUGUCUAUGGCUGUGGCCAUGGCCAAAGCAAAAGCUGAAGCAGCGCAAGCUAGAGCGGCGCAUUCAAAAAGGGAAAUUGAAUUAAAGGUAGAGCAAGCACGGAUUAAUGCCAAUCUUGACGCAUUAAACGAAGAGAAAGAAAAAGAUGCUGCCAUAGCGGAGGCUGAUUCUCUGAUGGCUGGUAUGAGAGAACAGUGGUUCGAAGUGGUCAGUGAGGCUGCCAGUAAAGUAUCAAAAAAAAGCAAAGAAGAGCGUACUGCUGCUUACGUGGCAGAGCAAGCCAGUAUAACUGCAGUUGAUUCGCCAGCCAAUAUAAAUGGUGACAAUCCCACAUUACCAAACCCACAAAGCAUCAGCCAAGCCCAAGACACCACUCCUUAUGAGACUACGUCAUUCUACGCAUCUCAAGUGUCGCAUUAUAGAGAGACUACACCUGACUACACACCGCAAGUCCCUCAUCAUAUUAAAGCGUCGCCACAUUAUAGCCUAAAUAAGCAUUUGCCAUCCCCUGUACAUCAGCCUGUCCAUGGAGCGCCCUGUAGAGUUGGAUGCGACCACUCUCAAACCACCAAUGACCUCGCUAAAUAUCUGGCCCGCAGCCACCUCGUGACAUCAGUACUCACUGUAUACGAUGAACAACCAAUGAACUACUGGUCAUGGAAAAUGUCGUUCCAUAGUGCUAUUGACAACCUGGACUUGUCUGCUGGAGAACAGCUCGACCUUCUCACCAAGUAUCUCGGAAAAGAGUCAGCAGAACAGGUUAAACGGAUUAAAUCGGUCAAUAUCAGACACCCGCCUACUGGAUUGACUAUGGCAUGGGAGCGGCUCGACGAGCUAUACGGCUCACCGGAGGCCGUCGAACAGGCCCUCUUUGGUAAACUGGAAAGCUUCCCCAGAAUCACAACAAAGGAUCCACAGAGACUUCGAGAUUUAGCAGAUCUGUUGUCAGAGCUGGAAGCAGCUAAACAAGAUGGCUACUUCACCGGUCUUUCAUACUUGGACACUUCAAGAGGAGUCAAUCCUAUAAUUGAGAAACUCCCACACAACAUUCAGGAAAAGUGGAUCUACUUCGGAUCACGAUACAAACGUGACCAUUCGGUCAGUUUCCCUCCUUUCUCUGUGUUUGUCGACUUCAUUCGCAAUGAAGCAAAAGCACGUACAGACCCAAGCUUCAACCUCUUCACACAAGUUCCAGCAGAGAAAAAGAACAAGUGGGAGAGGCCUAUGAAGGCGCCUGUAUACGUUCACAAGACCCAAGUCUCUUCAGUGGACAAGCCUGAGUCAAGAGUAGGUAACAAACCAGUGGACCCAAGCAAACACUGCCCCCUACAUGGAAAGCCUCACCCCCUGAUGAAAUGCAGAGGCUUUCGAGAAAAGAGUUUAGAGGAACGCAAACAGUUACUCAAAGAACACUACAUCUGCUUUCGCUGUUGCUCCUCCACAGAGCAUCUCGCCAGGAACUGCUCCGCCGAUGUCAAAUGUAUGGAAUGUGAGAGCACCAACCACACGACAGCACUACACCCUGGACCAGCAACCUGGAAGUCCAAUUCGUCCCCUCCCGCUUCAGAGCAUAGUGGGGAGGAGGACAAAGCGGAGGCCCAGGAGGUCACUUCGAGGUGCACUCAAGUGUGUGGCGAAGGAUUAAGUGCGAGAGCCUGUGCUAAGAUCUGCCUCGUCAGUGUGUACCCCACUGGACACAGACAGGAGUCCAAGAGGAUGUACGCAAUACUCGAUGAUCAAAGUAACCGCUCCCUUGCACGUUCAGAGUUCUUUGAUGUCUUUAAGAUCUCUGGGUGCUCCUACGAAUACACUCUCAAGACAUGUGCAGGACUUAAAGAGACAGCGGGGAGAAGAGCCAUCGGUUACACUAUCGAGUCACUGGACAAGAAACUUAGCUUUCCUCUACCUACGCUUCUCGAAUGCAACGAAGUCCCUGACAAUCGAGCUGAGAUACCUACCCCGGACGCCGCACGCCACCAUACUCACCUGAAACGUAUUGCAGAUGAAAUACCACCUCUCGAUCCUGAUGCUAACGUACUCCUCCUUCUGGGAAGAGACAUUCUGAGGUUACACAAGGUCAGAGAUCAGAUUAAUGGUCCAGGCAAUGCACCCUUUGCCCAAAGACUGGACCUAGGGUGGGUCGUCAUCGGUGACGUUUGCCUUGGAGGUGCACACAGAUCACCACAGGUGAACAGCUAUAAAACAUCCAUCCUAGAGAACGGUCGUGCUACCCAUCUACAGCCAUGCAACAACCAAAUCAAAGUGAAAGAGGUUUUCAGUCAAGCACCUACAUAUCAAAACCAUCCAGUACCUACCUUCGCAUAUAGCUUAGGAAAGCUAGCAGAAGACAGCUUAGGCCAAGCCAUCUUCACUCGUACUGCCGAUGAUCACAGACUUGCACCUUCCAUGGAGGAUCUAGAGUUCCUUCACAUCAUGGAUGCUGAGUUCCACCAAGACAGCUCCAAAAGCUGGGUCGGACCUCUGCCUUUCCGAUCCCCAAGACAACGGCUGCCCAACAACAGGAGACAAGUGCAUGACCGCCUCCUCUCGCUCCGCCGCACUCUGGAAAAACGACCGCAGAUGAAGGCCCACUUUCUAGAGUUCAUGCAGAACAUGCUUAGCAGAGGACAUGCAGAGAUCGCUCCACCCCUGCAAGUAGGGAAAGAAUGCUGGUACUUACCCCUGUUCGGCGUGUACCAUCCCAAAAAGCCGGACAAGAUCCGAGUGGUCUUCGACAGCAGCGCAUCACAUGAAGGAGUCUCACUCAACGAUGUCCUGCUCACCGGCCCGGACCUGAACAACAGCCUGCUAGGCGUACUUAUGAGGUUCAGGAAGGAGCAAGUAGCCAUUACGGCUGACAUCGAACACAUGUUCCACUGCUUCGUGGUGAAGGAAGACCACAGGGACUAUCUCCGCUUCCUAUGGUACAGGGACAAUGAUCCUACCUGCAAUGUCGUGGACUACCGGAUGCGAGUGCACCUUUUUGGGAACAGUCCUUCUCCUGCUGUGGCCGUGUACGGUCUGAGAAGAGCGGCCAAAGAAGCAGAGGCAGAGUAUGGCAGUGACGCAAGAAGACUCAUUGAACGUGAGUUCUAUGUUGACGAUGCUUUGAAGUCGUUCGCUACUGAGGAAGAGGCCAUCAGCGUUCUUGGAAGAACACAGAAGAUGCUUUCAGCCUCUAACCUCAGGUUGCACAAGAUUGCAUCAAAUCGACCAGCAGUCAUUCACGCAUUCCCACCUCAAGAUCGCUCCAAAGACGUCAACAACUUGGAUCUCUUUGUCGAUGACCUGCCAGUCCAACGUAGUCUUGGAUUGUCUUGGAACAUGCGAGCAGGACACCUUCACAUUCCAGAUUGA